AUGCAUGCAUCUGAUAGACAUGUCGAGGAUGAUGAUCCAGAUGUUGUGCAUUAUCAUCGUUAUGGCAGGAUCAUCAUAGUUCCUAAAGGGAAUGGGGAUGAAGACGAAGAAGAAGAAGAAAAUGUUGGGUCCGCGGUGGCGGCCCGAACGAAUAAGACCACCGACGUUCCACAGGCAGCUGGAUCGAUGGUGGUUUAUAAGGCUCCGACUCGAACUGAGGAUAUAUCGGAGAAAAUUCAGACAGAGUCCCCGAGUUCUUGGAAAUCGAAGAUGCUUUCCACUGAAGCCAACGGAUGGGGGAUAUGGGCGAUUCGGGAAGCCCAAGCUUUGGGACCCCUCGAACUAGACAUGCCUCAUGAUGGAGAUGAUGCUUUUCAUGACCUUUUUACUAGUGUCGAGGACGUUGCCGGUACUAGUGAUGUAUCGGAUCGUUUUCACGGAGUGCAGCAGGCUUUGAAUCAGGCCGCGGCAGGUCAUCGAGAAACAUGUUCUCGGUCUCGAACCGAGCUGCAUCGAUACGAGACCGACCUUCAACGGGAAAAAAGAAACCAGAAAAGUCCUAACUUAGAGGAUUAUGUUAAUGAAUCUACGAGUAUCCCAUCAGAAAUCAAGGCUAUGCGAGGAAUUGACUUGGUAGUUGAUCUGAAUGCUGAAAAAGAGGAAAAUCACAUGAAAAGAGGUCAAAGCUCACAGGUGCCUCAACAACAGAUAGAAGUCACUUCCCUAAAUAAAGUCACCGUAGUGAUUCCUGAAGAUCAAAUGCAAACUGAACAAGGAAAUGAGGGUGAAGAUGAUGGAUUCUCUCCAAAGAAAAGGAAGGACUUAUGGUGUAGCUUGGAAACUAUUCAUGCGCAAAUUGAUGGACCAUGGUGCAUCAGAGGAGACUUCAAUGUUAUCCUGGAUCCAGAUGAAAAAAGAGGAGGCAGACCUCACAAAAUGUACAAAAGCUUGGAUUUUAGUAGUUGUAUGAAUAAUUGUGAAGUUAUGGACUUGGGGUUUGUUGGGCCUAAGUUCACUUGGUGUAACAACUGGGAACCCAAAGAAGAAUCUGAAAAAGAGCAACCUUCUUUUAUGCAACUAAUGGAGGAAGUAUGGAAGACUCGAAUAAAUGGAAACUCUAUGUGGAGACUUCAACAAAACCUAAAACUUCUUAGUAGAAGACUCUCUCAAUGGUCUAAAGAGUAUAUAGGUAACAUUUAUGAGCAAGUUCAUAUGUGGGGAGCAAAAGUACAUGAUUUAGAGGAACUGAACUUGGCUAACAACACUGAUACAUCUCGAGCUAAACUAAACAAGGGCCAGGCUAAGUAUAUCAAAUGGAUGAUUAUGCAAGAUGCUCUCUUGCGACAUAAGUCUAGAAUAAAAUGGUUUGAAGAAGGAGAAUCCAAUACCAACUAUUUCCAUAGUACCAUCAAAGACAGGAGAAGGAGGCUUCAACUACAUAGAAUUAAAGAUCACAAAAAUAGAUGGGUUGAAGGGGAUGACAACAUAUCCAAAGCAACGAUUCAUUAUUUACAGAAGUUGUUUAAUAUUAAGCAUCAAUUAAAUGACUAUGACAUCCUCAAUUUUAUCCCCAAAUGCAUCACUACUGAUGACAAUGCUCACCUCACUGCCAUUCCUGACAUAGAGAAAAUUAAAGAAGUUAUUUUCAACAUGAGUUCUUUUAGUGCCGCAGGACCAGAUAGUUACAAUGGCACUUUCUUUCAAAAAUAUUGGGAGAUUAUCAAGAAAGAUAUUCAUGAAUUCAUCCAGGAUUGUUUUAAUGGGAAAAGAAUGGCUAAGUUUUUUUCUCAUACAUGUCUGGUCCUUAUUCCAAAAGUGGAUGCCCCAACUAACUUCUCUGAGCUUAGACCUAUUAGCUUGAGCAACUUUACUAGCAAGAUCAUAUCAAAGAUUCUCGCGAGAAGGCUUAAUCCUCUGCUUGAAAAACUUAUCUCAGAAAACCAAAGUGGAUUUGUCAAAGGAAGGAUGAUUACUGAAAAUAUCCUGCCCGCACAAGAAAUUGCCCAGAAUAUCAACAAAAAUAAGAGAGGAGGAAAUAUGAUCAUCAAGCUAGACAUGGCUAAAGCCUAUGACAGAAUGUCAUGGAAUUUUUUGAUGUCUAAAGGUUUCUUCACCUCAUCACAAGGUCUUAAGCAGAGUGAUCUUUUAUCACCAUCACUUUUCAUCAUCGGAGCUGAGGUGCUAACAAGAUCCUUGAAUAGUCUUACUGCUCAGGCAAACUUCACUCCUUUUACCAUGGAUCACAGAGGUCCUAUCAUUAAUCAUCUCACUUAUGCUGAUGAUAUAGUUAUCUUCUCUGGAGAAAACAAUGCCUCUAUCAAACUUAUCAAGAAACAAAUCAGGAGAUAUGAGAAAGCUUAUGGAAAAACAACUACUCUUUUUGAUGGCAUGCUUUCUAAGAUUGAGAAAAAGCUCAAUGGCUGUAAAGGUAGGAUGAUAUCCAUUGGAGGAAGAGCCAUCAUUAUCAAACAUGUUAUUCAGUCAAUGCCUACAUACAUACUCUCUGCUAUGAUUCCACCAAAAUGCACUAUCAGACUCAUGGAAAAGCAUUUUGCGAAAUUUUUCUGGGGUGCAAAUGAGGGAAAAAAUAACUACCACUGGAGUUCAUGGCAUAAUAUGUGUCUACCUAAAGAUGAGGGUGGUAUUGGAAUUAUGAGAAUGGAAGAUGUUAUUAAAACUACUAGUAUCAAAAGGUCUAAAUACUACAAAAGAGCUCACCCAGUAAAGAAACUAUCAAUCUCCUCUGACUCUCACAUGUGGAAGAAUCUUAUGAAAAUCAAGGACAAAGCUGAUCCGCAUAUCUACUGGAAGAUUCAAGCUGGAAACUCUAGCUUUUGGUGGGACAAUUGGACUGGUAAUGGUCCUUUAGCUAGUCUGGUUCAAAAAACUAUGAAGUCGGCUAAAGUCCAAGUAAAUAAUUUUAUCUAUAAUGAAACCUGGGACAUCAAUAAGCUGGAGCAACUUCUUCCCAUCAAUAUCAUCAAUAUUAUCACCAGCUUGGAUAUUGGCAAUUGCCACAUGGAUGAUUUUUCUGUGUGGAAUAUCUUUGAGGAUGGUCAUUUCUCCAACAAAACUGCCUGGAACUCAUGUAGAUAUGGCAACCAGAAGAGAUUUCAACUCAAUCAUAUGAAGUAUCAAACUAUAUGGACUAUUAAGGCUGUCAUUUCUAAGAUAAUGCCUGGAGUCGAUUUACAACUUCAAUGGCCAGUUUUAUGCGGCAGAAUGGAAAGACUCAGACCAUUACAAUCAUGGAAGCAAGUGUUAUGGAAACCUUUUACCAGGGGUACCCUCAAGGUCAAUAUUGAUGGUAGCUACAGUAAAAAGAAUGGCAAAGCUGGCAUCAGAGGUAUUGUUAGGGACAUCAAUGGCGAUUUAAUGAUGGCCUUAUCAUUACCCAUCACUUGUGAUAGCAACAAUAUGACAGAGGCGAAGGCUGUAGAGUUUGGAGGAAAAUGGUGCAAUCGACUAAGAUACACUAAUUUCACUCUCGAAAUUAAUUCAAUGGUCAUCGCUAAUAUGCUUUCAAAUAGAGACACUAACAACCUAAAAAUCAAGAUGGUGAUCGACAUGACCAUUGACAUCUUACAACUUGCCACUGUGACUGUGUAA